UCCUCGUGUCUCUGUCCCCGUGUGUCCCCGGUGUCUCUGUCCCCGUGUGUCCCCGUGUCUCUGUCCCCGUGUGUCCCCGUGUCUCUGUACCGCACGGGCAGGCCGUGGGGUCUCGCGUCAUGGCGAGCGGGGACGCGGGGGACCCGGGGCAGGCUCCGGCUCCCCGCGCCCGCGACUCCCGCAUGAGCCUCGACCUGAGCCGGCGCGGCCUCGCCUCCCUCCCCGAGGCGGCCCUGCGAGACGCCAGCGGCCUCCAGCACGUGUGCCUGGAAGGCAACAAUCUUGUGGAGGUGCCACCUGCUCUGUUUGAAUGCCUGCCACGCAUGCUGUGGCUUGACCUGCGGAGUAAUAGGCUUUGUGGUCUCCCGCCCGCUGUGGGGCAGCACAGGUGUCUGAAAACAUUGUUGUUGGAAGGAAAUCCAAUCACACAUUUACCAGCAGAGCUUGGCAGAUUGACGUGCCUGAAGUCACUGAGCCUGCGAGGCUGCCCUCUGGAGGAGCCCCCAGCUGACAUUGUGCACCGCGGUACCCGUGCCAUCCUGCUCUUUCUCAGACAAGUGCUCGCCGCUCGGGCUCUACGGGACACUUCGCACAGCUGCACAGAAUCUACAAUGGGCAAUACUGAACUGUCUUGUGUAGAGGAGAGCCCAACUGAAGAGCUGCAUUGCCAGAAUCCUCUACAGCUGCAAAGUGAAACAUCAGCAGUCGUGAUUCCAGAGACGGAUGACCCCCCUUUAGUAUCUAAACUCCCUCAUGCCUCCAGGUUCGCACAGGGUGGCGGACCUCACUCGUCACGAGACAGGAAGGUGGCAUCAGGCGUCAAAUCCCCGGCCCGCAGCUGGGCCGUGGACGUUGCGAGGCGUGAGCAGCGCAGCAGGGCAGAGCGAGCCGAGCAGCAGCGGAGAAAUGGGGAGGCCCUGCGGGAUUGGCGCACGAAGGCCAAGCAAGAGCAGCGGAAAACGCAGAGUGAGAGAUGCGGCCAGGGUCUGGAUGCGAACGCCCUUGACCAGGUGGUCAGGAAUGCGCCGUUUGGCACAGAUCCAGCUUACUAUCCCAGUGUAGCUCGAGCAAAGCCCGGCACUCUUGGGAAGGCCGAGCCGCGAGCCCCAGCCGCCACUCACAGUGGGCAAGAACUGCUCGGAGCCAGGUUGGCACGGGAGCGCGAGCUGCAAUUGCGCGUGCGGCAGCACAUCAACGCCAUGUUGGAGCGACGGGCGCAAGACAAGAGCACACCCCGCAGCACGAUGCAGGCGGCCCAGAGGGAGAUACUAGUGGCCCAGCAAUUGCAGCGGGAGCUGUCGGGGCAGAGCCGACGGACGCCGCUGGAUUACCGCUUCACGGCCUUCACCGGAGACCCUGUCCGCGACAACGCGGCGCGCGGCACCCUGCGCAGGACCUCCUCUCCUGCCACCACACACAAGGCCCAUCUGUCGUGAAGGAUUCCACCCACUCGAGGUCAAGCUCAAAAGGCCAAUGCUAAUUAUGCUACCACACCUCACCAUCAAUUUAGUGUCCCUUAAUGCUUGCAAUGUCAGCUUUGGUUAUAGGGUUACCUAACUUGGUGAAUAUUGCCACAAGGAAUAACAAUAUCACAAGUUAUAAAAACCUACGACUUGCCAUAAGAUGUGACUCUUGCAAUACAACUUGCUUUGCAGUACCUACAAGCAGAAGCUGUGAAGAGAAAACGUCAAGACCUCGGUUGGUGAACCACAGACCAGUUUAUUGUUGAGAGCAAAUCAAGGAGAAAUACAAGACUUGACAAAAUAGCAUUUAGUCCAUAUGAGGAUUGCAUUUAAAUUAGAACUCGAAAUACAAACCUCAUGAAAAUGAGUCUCCCCAAACCAGUUUAAACGUUUAUGAUUUCAAUAUUAACCACUCCAUCUGGACGGAAAUCUGCACAAAGUUGCUUGGGCGUGCAAUAACUUGAAGGAUACCUUUGGACAAGAACUGCAGUUUAUUGUUAGGGACAUCGAUUCAAUUGAUAUCGUGAGCGCUCAAUGGACACGAGUGAAGGCAUCAAUAAAUACCAUUUUAACAAGACAGCACUGCGGCUUCCCAAUGUGUCACUUUCAGAAGGCAAAGCAACUUAAUCGUAAAUUGUAAUUUACAAGGUUCUUCAUGCUAUUCAGAAUGUCAGGAACAAAUUUAACUGUUCCAAAUCAAUCCAUUAAAGCUAAUGUAAUGUUAAAUUAUCAUGCGUUGUUGGGUUCAGGGAUAUAGGGUGAACUGGAACGUUUUUGUUAAAGGAUCAACUUAUUUUAAGGCCAGUACUUUGUUCAUGACAAGAAAUGUACCCACAUAUACACUGCAGAAAAACCUUUUUUACAAGGCCGCAAACAUCCUUAAGUCUAAGUUGUUAACAGGCGUUUUGGUAUUUAAAAUGUCCAGAUAUUUAAAUUGGUAAAGCAAGAUGAGCAUGUGGUUUGCUUUGUACACAAGUUAUUCCAUGUCCUUUGUACCAGCUUUCCAUCUCUAACAGUCUCCUAAAUUCAGAUAUCAAUUACAAUCUGUAAUUCAGAUGUCUUGACUGGUAAAGAAGGAAAGGUGGACUGUGGUGUGGCACAAGUUUGCAAAAUGUUUGUGAAGUGCUAUCUUUUCUUUAGAGAUGACCGUGUCGGAGCUAACCACUUGCAGCCCCUAGGGGAUCGUGCUCAUCGUGCACAGCGUGCAUCUGUGUGUGAAAAUAUACAUCCCACAUACGCACAUUGAAAGCCGUUAGGCGUACACUAGGCCGUGAGCGUACACGCGCACGGUUGUCGGUGCCCUCGCCCAUCACGGCUGCGCGUGCGUGGCGGCCAGGCCCACUGCGCUGGCAUGGGCGGUGAGCAGCGCGAUGGCCUGCCGCGUUUCCAGCGUGAGGCGCGCCUCGUGCAGCCAGCUGUCGGCCACGCGGCGCGCCUCGCCCCGCAGCGCCGUCACGAACCUCGCCGCCUGCUCCAGGUCGCCGUGCUCCAGGCAGAAGGCGGCGUAAGCCAGCACGCGGAACGCGUCGCCCAGCUCUUCCACCGCCACUCCUUCUGCUGGGGGCUUCAGCGUGGCUGGCUCCAACAUCAAUGCGGCCUUCGCGCGCGCGCACACACAGACACACACAAACGUACACACACACGCGCACAUGUACGCACACACACGUACACACACACACGUACACACACACAGAAGCAAGAGUUGUAUAAACGCACACUUGAAUGGAACUACACAUCCACAAAGGGACGCACAAUGCACAUUAAUGUCUGUGACAGAUAACAGGCAUCUACGCAAAAGGAGCCUACAAUUUUGACAACACAUUGCCUACUUGCAAAAACUGUGACAUUUAAUGUAAAAAAAUGAAUGUGACCACUUAAACAUAUAUGUUGUAACACUUUCCAAAUAACAGUUUAAAGCUUUUAUGAAUUGCCUCCAUCCGUCGAUCCGUAACAAGGUACGAUAACUCAUAAAAUAUGGUCCACUAUGAACAAAACAGUCGUAUAAAAUGGUGCUUCUAUUCGGGACUUACCCGACUGAAAACUGCACAAAUUAAUCAAGAGGGUACACAAAACUGGAAGACCAAAGCCGGUGCAAAAAGUACACACUGCAAUUAUUUGUAGCCCUGAUAACUUCCAUUUGCUUUUGCACUGCUACCCCAACGUUUCCAAAGACAAAUGGAACGUGUUACAUAUCCCAUGUAUAUUCAUUACAUUGUGAUAUUUGAACAAAAGGAGUUGUUUUCAGUUCUAGUGACGCGACUGCUAACUGCAUUGCUUGUUAAUGUCACUUGAACUGCUCGUGCAGUGAAGCGCGUUGGUUUCCACAUACGCCCCACACCACAACCACUCUUUUCCUGCGCACUUGCUGCAAGCACCACUGUUGUCAUUGUUUCUUUUAAACUGUUAUGAUAAUGAGACAGUGUUAUUUAUGUCUUACAUAUAUGAUUAUAGAAGUUGCAUUAAAUAUUUUGGCAGUUGCUUUUUUUUAAGUCCUUUAUAUUUACGCUUACCAAGGUUGAAAACGUCCGUUACCUCUUGUCGCCCGUUACCGCUCGUCGCCCGUUACCGCUCGUAGCACAUUACCGCUCGUGGCACGUUACCUCUCGUGGUACGUUACCGCUCGUGGUACGUUACCUCUCGUGGUACGUUACCGCUCGUGGUACGUUACCGCUCGUCGCCCGUUACCUCUUGUCGCCCGUUACCGCUCGUCGCCCGUUACCGCUCGUGGUACGUUACCGCUCGUGGUACGUUACCGCUCGUGGUACGUUACCUCUCGUGGUACGUUACCGCUCGUGGUACGUUACCUCUCGUGGUACGUUACCGCUCGUGGUACGUUACCGCUCGUGGUACGUUACCGCUCGUGGUACGUUACCGCUCGUCGCCCGUUACCGCUCGUGGUACGUUACCGCUCGUCGCCCGUUACCGCUCGUGGUACGUUACUGCUCGUGGUACGUUACCGCUCGUGGUACGUUACCUCUCGUCGUCCAUAAUAAGGGAGACACUGGAGUUCUUCGCAAGAGCAUUCAAUGACAAAACUGGAGUAUAAAGUUGGGUUGCUAUUAGAAACUUUCCCGAAUGAAAACACGCCAAAUUUAUCAAAGAGUUCCCCAAAACUUGCAGACACAAACCAAAGUCAAGGUAGGAAAUUUUGCAAUAAAAGUCUAUUGGAAUAUGCAUGAUAAAGCUAUGGUUUAUACAAGUGCUUAUGCCUUGCACAUGAUGCUCAUGGCAAUGAACAGAGAGGACCUUUAUACUUCAUUUGGCAUUUAGACCACAAAUUAUGAUCAAGCACAUUGUAAGAAUUGAUACCUGGGGCAGCCUAAACAUGAGUGCGGAUCGCUUAGCUUCAGCAGUAAUCCACCGUGCUUGCACCCUGCUUACGCACGGCCAUCUCACCCACGGCGCCUAAUGGCUAUUUGUGCACCUGCUGAGAUCUAACGAUAACACCGCUAUUUUCUCAGGACGCUUUUGCACGUCCCCAAGAUGAAUUUGGCCUACCUAGCCCAACGUUACUUGCAAUUACGGACGAACAUCCUGGAUGAACAUUUUUUCCUGAGCGCCGGCUCAGAAACGACUUGACACUUAGGGAAUGGUGGCGGGCGGGUCACGUGUGGGACGGGUGUGUUCCCCCACACUAUAUCCCUGCGGGGGAAGUUAAUUAACAUUACGUUUCUGGGUGUCCGGAACAUUGACCGAGUUGAGUUUGUAUCCGAGCCGGAGCGUGUCGGUGGAUCACCACGUGAAUAAACCUACGGUUUAAGCCUCAA